AUGUAUUUAAUUUUACACACAUUAAAUGAUAUCGAUGAAUUUUCCGAGACAUUAUGUUGGGUUAUUUCGACAAUUGUCGUUUGUUUGAAAAUGACAAAUAUCAUUUUACGAAGAAACGAUAUUAUAGAUUUACUGGAAAUUUUGAAUAAAAAUUCUUUUCAACCUCGUAAUAUUGAUGAAAAAAAUAGACAGGAGAAAUUUGAUUUUACAUCAAGAAAAUACACAAAAUUCUUUUUCAUAAUAAUUUUUUCCACAACAGUGGCUUUGACAAUUGGAGGAGUAAUGAAGGGAAAUAAUGCCAAUUUGCCAUUUAAGGCGUCAUAUCCAUUCGAUGAAAAGCGUGUGGAAACAUUUUGGACAUUAUACAUUAUUCAGUGUUUAAAUAUUUACAGUAGUGGUUGUGUGACAGUUGGAUUUGAAACAUUGAUCAUGGUGUUGAUAAUUCAAAUUUGCUCUCAACUAGAUAUAAUUUAUCAUCGUCUUCAAACUCUACCGGAUUUACAUAAUAAAUUUAGUUCAGCGAUAAGUUGA